UCCAAUUCCGAAACGGAGAACAGCAGUACUUUCUUUUUGCGAAAAUAAGUGACUCUGAUUUGUUUAGGUUCGUACGUAUGUAGACGUGGUUUUAGAUAUUUAGGAAGGAAGGGAUCGAGCACAUGACAAACAGAUGACAAACAGCUUUAACGCAGCCCCAGCAGAGAAUUCCAACCCUUCCCAAAACGAGUAGUACUGCUCCGUAGUCAGUUCAAAAAAGAAAAAAGAAAAAAAAAAGUACUCCAGUACAAAACCCAGCCGCCUUCAAACUCUGAAACCUAACACGAUCCGUCGAUCCCCAUGGAGAACUCCCGCAAGCGCCGCCGCGUCGACGUCGACGAGGACGACAGCGACCGGCUGAGCGACCUGCCGGACUGCCUCCUGUUGGAAAUCCUCUCGCGCGUGGGGUCGCGCCUGGCCGUGCAGACGAGCGUCCUCUCCCGGCGCUGGCGCCACCUCUGGCGCGACGUGCCCUGCGCCGACGUCGACGAGCGCGAGUUCUCCGCCGUCUCCUCCUCCAAUCACGGCAGGAACGGCCACAAGCAGCACUGGGCCCGCUUCGAGGACUUCGCCGACCAACUCCUCUCGCCGCCGCCGCCGCACCGUCGGCUCGACGCCUUCCGCCUGCACAUCACCAGACGGAUCCCCUGCUACGCCUACGCCACCACCGACCGCUGGGUCCGCCGCGGCCUCGCCCGCUCCCCCGCCGCUGUCGCCAUCCACGCGCCCGACCCCUCCGUCGUCCGCUGGAUCACCCCACCCCAAUCUUCCUCCUCCCUAUUGUCACGCCUCACGAAACUCCAUCUCUUCGGGGUCUACUUAGGGCAACUCCUGGGCUGCCCGGCCCUCGAGGAACUGCACCUGGAGCGAUGCGGGCUGGGACACAGGUUCCGCGCCAUGGCCUCGCCGGUCCUCAGGCGGCUCGCCGUCGUGCGCCCUAUCGGCGGCCACCUCGUCGCCGCCGACCUCAUCCGCGCGGCCCCCCGCCUCGAGUACCUGCGCGUGGAGCUAGUCUGCGACGGGGAUUCGAGAGCCGGAGACCCCGCCCCGGAGGGCCAGGCGCCGCUGCUGCCGUCGGUCUCCGAGGCCUCGAUCCGGAUAACCAGCAAGAGAGAGCGGAAGAGGAACAAGCUCGAGUUCUUCGGGGCUAUGCGCUGCCUCCUCGCUCGGCUCCCCAACGUCGUCUACCUCGACCUCUCUGGCUUCGCCACCACCGGGUUGCUGGAGGAGGAAUCCCAAGAAUUCCCAAGACUGAAUCAAUUGAAAACCUUGCGUCUUGACCGUUGUGAGGUUGGUGUCUGCUUCCAUGCGCUUACUAGGAUCCUUCGGAACACCCCUAAUCUGGAGACAAUGAGAUUGCACCAAUGCAAGUUUAUAGGCUCGAUACCGAAGAGGAGGAAACCUUCCAAACGCCGUGGUUCAAGAACUGCAGCUCUUCAUGAGUGCAAGAACCUGAAAUUGAUAGAGAUCAAGAGCCGUCAGGACGAGCCUCGAACCGUUCGACUUCUAACGAACGUUUUUGAGGAAAUGCCGCUGGCACCGUGGCGGCUGGUCGACAAAGUGAGCGAUGUGGCGGGCUUGAUGACAAUGCAAUUUCAUAGAACCGAGGUAGGCCUGGGCAAAACUGGUUGAGAGUUACUUCAAAUUUCAUAUCGUUCCCAACUUAUUCGAUUCUGAUUCUGAAUAGUGUUGGAGUGUUACUUUUACUCUAUGUUGAUUUACAUCCCCUUUGUAGUCUCCAAAUAGCAAUGCAUGUUGAAAGACAUACUUCUGUUAAUAUA